CGAAAUGCGCAAAGCCACAAGCUACUAUUAUUAGAGGUGCAGGCGAGCCUGGUUUUCGUUCGAUUAGAGUUAUCGUCAUCAACAAGAGCAUUGAGAAUCCGAUAUCAACGGAUCUGUUGCUGUCUCUUUCACGCCCCGCUUUUCCUCCUUGUGAACAGGUUCCCAUUCCUGCUCGUUAGUGCGUCUUCUUCUCCCCAGGUAGCAUCUACGAGUCUAGCUACGAGAACGGACAACAUACAGGACAUCGUCACCCUCAUCAUCAUAUUAUGCUAGAAAAACAAACGAGGAUUGCUUGGAGCAGGUGUCUGUGUCUGAUCGGGGCAGUGCUUUAUGCUCCUUCCGUCCAGGCGCUGUCGCUUGAGGCCGGUGACAAGGACUCUGUCUGCGCAGCGGCAACACCGAUCACUAACGGUAUCAUGGACUACUAUGAGGGUACCAGGAUCGGAGGUGCAGUGGGUCUUUUCCAACCACCAUACUAUUGGUGGGAGGCAGGAGAGAUCUUUGGCGGUAUGAUCGACACAUGGGCUUGGUGUGGCAACCACACGUACGAAAACAUCAUCUACGAAGCCCUCAUGGCGCAGAAGGGCCCCAAUGGAGACUAUGUCCCAAAAAACCAGUCGUUCACCGAGGGUAACGAUGAUCAAGCCUUUUGGGGCUUGACAGUCAUGGAGGCCACCGAGCGGAACUUUACAAACCCUCCUGCGGACGAGCUUGGGUGGUUGGCGCUCUCGCAGGGUGUUUACAACACCAUGUUGUCGAGAUGGGACUCGGCAGACUGUGGCGGAGGCUUGAGGUGGCAGAUUUUCCAGUGGAACUCCGGGUACGACUACAAGAAUACCAUCUCAAACUCCUGCUUGUUUAACAUGGCCGCCAGGUUGGCCAGGUACACGCAAAACGACACCUACAUCGACACGGCGGAGAUGGUGUGGGACUGGUUGAUGGACGUCAAAUACAUUCAAAACAAGUCGGACGGCUACAACAUCAUAGAUGGUGCCAACAUCGGUAACAACAACUGCACCACGUUUGAAACCAACACAUGGAGUUAUAACUACGGGAUUCUGAUGGCCGGGACUGCUUAUCUCUACAACUUCACUAACGAGCAAAUAUGGUUGGACCGUUUAACCGGCAUCUAUAAUGGUUUUGAGUCGACUUUCAUCAACGCCUCAACCGGUAUCCUUUAUGAGCACAUGUGUCAGGAGACUGGUAACUGUAACAACGAUCAGCGUUCUUUCAAGUCGAUUGUCUCUAGAUGCUUAGGCCAAACUGCUGUUUUGGUGCCCAGCUUUAGAGACAAAAUCAUGACAAUAAUCAACAAAUCUGCUGAAGGAGCUGCAAAAUCAUGCUCUGGGGGCUCGGACGGCCAUACUUGUGGUAUUAAUUGGUCCUACGGCGGCUGGGAUGGAUGGUACGGUUUGGGUGAACAGAUUUCUGCGCUCGAAAUUAUACAGAACACUCUGGUAUUACAAGUCCCUCCUCCGCUAACGAACUCUACUGGUGGUACUUCUAAAGGUGACGUGAACGCAGGUUUGACAUCCCACGAAACGACCAAUAAGAACGAAAUCACCGUGACUUCGAAGGAUAAGGCAGGUGCUGGUGUCUUGACCGCUAUUGUGUUGAUCAUUUUCGUCGCCAUAAGUACUUGGGUGUUGAUUUGAGGCAGCCUUUUUUCUAAGAAGUGAAACAUUAACAGAAGAAAAAAAAAAAAAACACUA